AUGCAGGCUCUACCAGAGGCACGACAGCAAACCUUUGAUGAAAUAUACGGACCUCCGGAAAAUUUUCUCGAAAUUGAAGUGAAAAAUCCCCAAACCCAUGGCACAUCUCGCAACAUGUAUACUUCCUAUGAGAUAAUCUGCCGCACCAAUAUACCGGCAUUCAAGCUGAAACACUCUGUGGUACGCCGUCGGUAUUCCGACUUUGAGUAUUUCCGGGAUAUUCUAGAGAGAGAAAGCGCCCGCGUCACGAUACCACCUUUGCCUGGGAAGGUCUUUACGAACCGCUUUAGCGAUGACGUUAUUGAACAUCGAAGAGAAGGCCUGCAGCGAUUUUUACAAAUAGUUGUUGGUCAUCCACUACUACAGACUGGAAGUAAGGUUCUAGCCAGCUUCGUACAAGAUCCAAACUGGGACCGCAAUGCAUGGUGA